AUGGCCGUUGAACCCGUAAGGCUUCACCAUGAAGUAGUUGGCUUUGCUGUGAAUCGACUUCAAUAUGUCUUAUUGGCAGAAGCAUGGCGUCUUGUUGGUGAUAAUGUGUUAUCACCAGAGGAUGUAGAUAAGGUGAUGAGGGCCGGUCUUGGACCACGUUAUGCAAUCUAUGGGCCACUGCAAACAGUACAUCUUAAUGCUAAUGGUAUUCGUGACUAUUUCGUCCGGUAUGGUGAUGGGAUCCGUAAGGUUAUGGCAGAUAUGGGUCCUAUACCUACAUUCAAAGAAGAUGCUGUAAUUCAAAAAUUGGAAUCA